AGUGUUAUUUAGUUUGUUCACAAAAAGAAUUUAUUCAAGUUAUUUGAAGUUUUAUUAGUUAAGAUACAUUACGCCUUCAACGGUUUAGUUAUCUAACAGCAGUUCGGUGCUACAAGUCAACGACCUGUAAGAACAUUUGGAAUAUGAAAAUACAGCUCCAGAUUUAUGGCAUUGCGUCUGCCAAGGGCCUUACUCUCCACAAGCUCAAAAAUAUAGACUUUUUAAAACUAAAAUAUGCAUACUAAAUUUUUUUCUUUCAAAAGAAAAAUGAGAUUAAAUUGACAAAUCCUCUAUAUCUUUCUUUUAAAAUAUGCUAUGCUUUUAGAUAUAAGUUUUAUUAUUGAAAAGUGGAUCUUUAUUAAAGCUUUUGACAAAGUGUAGGGCCUCCCCAAAAUUCCUCCCGCCUCCACAUACUUAAAGGACAGAUCUACAAAAAAAAACUUCUACUUCUACCAAAAGUUAACUUUAUGCUUCCAGUUCAAAGCCUGCACCACACUGCCUUUUAAUAAAUAUAUUAGGAAGUAUUCCAUUGGUUUGAUAUUGAAACACUUCAUUGUGAUUAUAAUUCUUGUGAUACUACAAAAACGAUCUGACAUCUUCCAUAAUAAUAUAUCUUCCUAUAGUUCUGUCCCGUACAAUUGAGGAAAUAAAAAAGUAAAGUGAUUAACAAGAAGAAAACAGUCUGUACAGGUAGAAUGACAAGCGUGUCUAUCUGUGGACGUUAUAGAGUCUUCAGAUUUAUUGCUGCCCAUAAGUUUUCUAGAGAUUUUUUAACAUUCGAAAAGUCUCUGCUAGGAUGCCACUCCUUCAAGUUUAUUCAUCUGCCUAUCAAGGGACACACAUUUACCAACUAUGAGCUGGAAAGAAAGAAUUAUAACCUCAGACCACCUAAAAAUUUUAACUUUGCCAGAGAUUUUAUUGACCAGUGGGCUCGGGCUGAAUAUAAUGGUUUACGCAGCACAGUCAACCCAGCCUUCUGGUUGGUGGAUGAGAAAAAUAAAAAGGAAAUCAAAUUGUCUUUUCAACAACUUUCAUCUCUCUCACAAAAAGUUGCCAAUGCAUUGACUGGAGGUUGUUCUCUCAAAAGACAAGACAAAGUCAUUGUAAUAUUACCCAAGAUUCCUGAAUGGUGGAUUAUAUUUCUAGCUUGUGUCAGAGCAGAUCUGACAAUAUGUCCAGGUACUACAAUGCUUCGAGCUCAUGAUAUCAAACAUAGGCUCAAGAUGUCAGGAGCCAAAUGUAUUAUAACAACUCCAGAACUAGUUCCAUAUGUUGAUGAGGCCGCAGAAAAUGCAGUGCUACUGAAAUAUAAAAUUCUUGUUGGAAAUAAAAAUGAAACAAGGCCUGGCUGGACUCACUAUGGAACACUGGUGGAGAAAGCAUCCAAUGAGUUUGAGUGUGCUGACACUAGAGCCUCUGACCCAAUGAUGCUAUUCUUUACAAGUGGAACAACAGGCACUCCAAAGAUGGCAGAACACAGUCAUGGUAGCUAUGGAUUAGGGCAUAUAACAACAGCAAGAUACAUGCUCAUGAUCAACUCCUCAAGCGUUCUGUGGAAUCUGUCCGAUACAGGUUGGGCUAAGAGUGCAUGGUCUUCUUUCUUUGCUCCUUGGAUCAUGGGAUCUUGUGUCUUUGUCCACAACGUACACAAGUUUGACCCACUACACAUUUCGCAGGUUUUAACAGAUUACCCAGUGACUCAUUUUUGUUGUUCUCCCACUGGACUGAGAAUAUAUUUAGGUCAGUACUCCCAGACUCUGAAACCAAAAGCUCUUCGCCAUUGUGUUGGUGCUGGAGAGCCUGUUAAUCCAGAAUUGAUGGAACUUUGGAAGAAAGUAACUGGAUUGAAUUUACAUGAAGGCUAUGGGCAGACAGAAACUACACUUGUUUGUUGCCGAAAUGAUUACAUUCCUUAUAAACUUGGCUCCAUGGGCAAGAGCUCUCCUGAUUUGGUAGUUGGAAUAAUUAAUGAUGAGGGUAAAAUAGUGGAACCAUGCACAGAAGGAAACAUAGCUAUUCUUACUAAACCUGCUCGACCAUUAGGGUUAUUCAAUCAAUAUUUGAAUGACCCUGUUCGUACUGCAGCUUCUUUCCUUGGAGACUGGUAUUUAACAGGAGAUAUGGGCUACAUGGAUGAGGAAAAUUUUGUCUUUUUUGUUGGUCGUGGUGAUGAUGUCAUAAAUUCUGCUGGGUAUCGAAUAGGACCAUUUGAGGUGGAGAGUGCUCUGUUAGAACAUCCUGCAGUGUUGGAGUCAGCAGUUGUCAGCAGUCCUGAUGAAACUAGAGGCGAGGUUGUGAAAGCUUUUGUGGUUGUGAAACCUGAGUAUAGACACAUCCAUGCAGACAAACUAACUGUUGACUUACAGGACCUUGUGAAGAGAACUACAGCGCCUUAUAAAUACCCAAGAAAGAUUGAAUUUGUAACUGAUCUUCCAAAAACAGUCAGUGGGAAAAUCCGAAGAGUUGAACUACGCAACAAAGAGUGGCAGCACUUAAGAGAAUAAUAACUCUGUUUGAAUUGUUCACUUCCUCAGUGAUAGUGUACACACUAACUACAGCAUCGCAAAACAUGGCUCUGAAUAUUUUUUUUAUUUUUAUGUUUUAUGCUGUUAAUUGAACCAAAGAUAAAGAUCUGAUUUCAUUUAUUUUAAUUAACUUGAUGUUGGUGCAGAAUAUUCUGCAUAUUUUACUGUUAAAAACUAACUAAUCUCAGUUUUAGUGUUAGAACAGUCAAAUACUAUUCCCAGUUGUGUAUGGGUCAAGGUUGAGUGGCAGUCUUCUUACAAACCUAUAAAUUAAGACCACUUAUUAAGGUGACCAUAACUUGAAUUAUGUAAAAAUAAUUUAAAAGUUCCCUCGAAAAAAGAUAUUACAUUAUCAGGCUUUAAAUGUUAAUUAGUGAUUGAAAUUGUAUAAGACUUUGGUUUCCUGUUUGAUUUAGAGUUAAUUAGAGGAAAGAGGUUCAAAUUUUAAGCUCAACAGAAUUUUAGAUGGAUUGUCUCCUAUGAUUAAUAGUUUGUUUAAACCAGGGUGACAACAUUACAAUGGUCCACUAAAGUAAAUUAAAUUUGGCUAGAGUCCAAGAAAAUACUUAUCUUCAACGGACUCUACGUCUUCGGGUAUUUCUGCAUUCUUUGAAGAGUUAAAUAAAAUUAAUGUUCAGGAAUAUUUUUUUGCAUCGUCUUCUAAGUCUAGAUCUAAAGUCUUAUCAUUCAAAUAUUAUAAAGUGUAGUAGAUCUAUACAUUUGCUUAGCCAGGAGGGGAGGGAGGGGUUAAAAAAUGUUCCAUUGUUUUUUAACCUAACAUUCAUUAGUUAUGAAGAGAAAAAUAAUAGCUCUAUAAGUUGUCUAAAGAAGGUAUUGUCUUUUCAAAAAAAGUUAUUUUUAAUGUUUUUCUUGUUUAUAAUAUAACAACAACAAAAAAAAAGGAAAAAUAUUUUUGGUCAUAUUACAAAUGACAAAUUUUAAAAAUAGAAUAAAAUAUUAAAUGACAAAUAACCUAGGCAAGGAAAAGGUAUGCAAAAUAUAGUUUAUUUAAUAUUAGCUAGGGUUUGUUUUGAACUUGCUACAGUGUGCCACCAGAGAUAGGAUGGCUUUCAUAAAUGUUCAGGAAUCAGUUACCAGAAGAUAAGGUUUUGUUAAAUAUUAUUUAGGUUAGUGAGGUACAACCCUUUGUUUGGCUACAGAGCCAAAGGUAGUGGCUCAGAAUUUAUGAUUGAAACUAAAUUCACACAUCUCUAUUAUUAGUUGGUCAUUGCAUUGUUCUCGAUAACUAAUUGUUAAUCAUUAAAGGGUGCAAACCCCUUUCAAUAUUUUUCUUCAA